ACUAGAUGGGGGUCUAGGGUGCUCAUGAUUAACAGGAUUCUGGAGCAGCAGAAAGCACUCCAUGAGGUCCUCUCAGAGGACAGAAACACCCGGCACCUAAUUCUUGGAUAUCAAGUUCUGGAUGUGCUGGAGUCAGUCAGCAAGGCACUGGGACCACUGCUUGAAUUCACGGAUGCUCUGUCAGGGGAGGAUUACGUUAGUGUUUCACACAACAAACCAGUACUCAGCCUGUUUAACACAACCAUCUUGGCACCAGAGGAGGGUGAUACGGACAUGACCAAGUCCUUAAAAAAGAAAAUUUUGGAGUACUUGAACAGCAAGUAUGAAGAGAGAGUUACACAAGAGCUCCUGGAUGUGGCAUCCUUCUUAGAUCCAAGAUACAAGACACAAUACAUCAGUGUCAACGACGUCCCCAUCAUCAAAGCCAGAUUGGUGUCAGAGAUGAAGAUGAUGGAACACAAGCAUUCUGUUGAGUGCAGAGAGACCAGAGUGGAAGAAGUUUCACCCCCACCCACCAAAAAGGCUAAAAAGUCGUUGGGAAGUUUCUUCAAAAGAUCCACCGCAAGUGCAACAGUACCUCGAUCCCACUGCUGCCAUAGAAGCUGAGCUGAGUGCCUACAUGCAGUCCCCCACAAUUGAC